UCAGGAUAUGCUCUCAAGAGGUACCUCAUGGUUCCAUAUUUGACUCCCAGUAACAGAGCACAGGAGAGGUUUAAUACAUCCUUAUGUCGCACGAGAGUAGUUAUAGAACAGGCGUUUGGUAUCCUAAAAAGGAGGUUUCCUUGUCUACAGACAGGUUUACGGGUGGAGCCCGACAAAGCUUGUGCUAUCAUUGUGGCCAGCACAGUUCUCCACAAUCUUGGGAUUGAGAGACAUGACAUUGUAGAUGCGAUACCAACUGUUCAAGGUCAACUGAUCGACGAGGUGGCGCUGCCUGCGGUAGGAGGGCAACACGAAGGAAAGCAUGUUAGAGAUCACAUCGCCAAUGUGUUUUUUGGGCAUUGAAUACG